GUUUAUGUCAGAUGUUUAUAAAAGAACUAACUGGUGGGACUUCGUUCUCAAACUAUUCAUCUUCCAGAACCAGCCCAAUAUAUGGGAGAUACGUUUUAAAAGUGUGCUUAGUCCUUUCUGAGUGAUAGUUUUCAUUUGAGUUUCCUAUAAUUCGAGCUGGUGAUUCUUCUAGAAAUUCGACUACAAUGGCUGAUGUUAUGAAUGUAUCCUCUCCUUUGGAAUCAACCGAAGUGAGGUGUCAAGAAAAAACAAGGGGCGGAUUAAAAUACGAGGUAAUCUUAGGCGAACCAGAAGUGAAGGCCACGCCGCCCAAGAAAGAAGUAUCUCCAAAAUCUAGUCUUUCUUACGAAGAUAUCGAAGAGAAACUCAAGGCUGCCGAAGAACGUAGACAGCAAAUAGAAUCCAACAAAAUCGCCGUGUUAGCUGCGAAGAUGCAGAAAAUCGAGGAAGCUUCCCGCAAAAAGGACGAACAGACCACACAGUUUAUAUCACAAACCAAAGAGGCUUUGGAGCAGAAGAUGGAAACACAUACGGAGAAACGCGAGGCUUAUAUUACCGAUUUGAAAACCAAACUGAAGGAUCAUAUUGAAAGUGUAGAAAAAACCAGACAGUCUCUAGAUCAACAAACCGAAGAAGUUAGGUUGGCCAUGGAGGAGAAACUAUCUACUGCGAACGCCCUGCGAGAUGAGAACCUCAAGAAGAUGCUCGAACGCCUGAAGGAACACGAGGAACAGGUCCAAAAAGUGAGAACUAGCAAUACGCAAAAACUACAACAGCUCCAGACCACCGUACAGGAGAAGCUGGAGUUGGCGCAAACCAGGAGGGAACAGUUGGAGCAGGAACAGAAGGAGAAGUUGAGGAAUUACAAUAAUCGAACGUUAGAACUGAAGCAGGCGAUAGAAUCUACUAUGGAAGUUAAGAAAACCGAAGCUUCGGCCCAAAUAGAGAGUAAAUUAACGGCUGCUGAGCAGAAUAGGGAGAAAGAAAUUCUUCGAAAACUAGAGGCAGUCAAAAAAUAUAACGAACGUAUGGUAGAGGUAAAAACAACUGUUGAGAACGCGGAGGAGAGCAGAAAGACUGAAAAAGUUACAAAAAUAGAGAACAAACUAUCGAUAGCCGAGCAGAACAGGGAGAAGGAAAUCCAAAAGAAAUUAGAGAUUGCGAAAAAAUAUGAGAAGAGAGCCGAAGCCGUGCGUCAGAAUAAAGCGAAUAUUCUUGCUAACAAGGAAAAUCCAUCAAGUGGUUAAAUGUCCAGAAGCGUAGUGAAUUUAUUAUAUUUAACAUAUAGAAAUACGGAGAUUGAGGAGGUAAUUCAUGUGGAUAAAUCGACAGAAUGAUUCGUACUUCAGUCUUGGUAUUUUUAUAUUCAAGAUUCAAAAUAUCGUUCAGGAGGAUAUUCUGUAGUUGGGUUCUUCUCUUGAAAGUAUUGCUUUUAGACUGAUAAAUUAUGUGAUUUCUUUUAACAUUUUAUUUUAUCUUUUUCUCUAAUGUAUUCCUAUUAAUAAUAUUACAUGAUGCUCACACAAAACUUACUUAAAUUCAUUUUAAAAAUAUAGCUGAAGGGAUAUUGAAUUAUCAGACUUUCAAGGUAAGUCAAAAACUAAUUUAAGAAUAAAAUACCAAUAAAUGUGUAUACAAAAUUCAUAUACUUUUUUGGAAACGACCAGCUAGCUUUAGCAAUUUGUGUGGAAUAGGAUAUCGAGGAUCUUAAUGCACAUUUUUGAUGAAAAGAAUUUCCAUAUUUUUUUAUUCGAUAUUUUAAAUUGUAAGUGAGUAGAGUGAAUCUGUUUAUGUUGUAUUGUGUAUCAUUAUAGUCUUCAAAACCGUUACAAAAUUGUGUCUGAAGAUUCUUAGGAUAAUGUUUUUCAACGUGAUAACCUUUUGAAGUGAACGUAGGAAUUCUGGAAUCAUUAUUUGGAAUGAAUACUCUUUUGAAUGAAAGUUUGCAGUAUUUAUUGGAAGCAUAUUUUGUUCAAAAUUGUGUUGUACGGUAAUAUUUAGUGGUUAUUACGUUGAAAUAAUUGAGGACGAGAAGAAAAUCAAUGUGAGAUUUUUGUGCUUCACUAAUCAGAGAAAGGGCUUGCCCAUAUCAUUAAAUAAAAAAAUGCCUCGUCUGCCUUGUAAGUGAUUGCUGAAAGAUUGUAUGUUUGUAAAAAUUUAUGCUUAGCGGCAGUUUAGUUCUUCCAGUUUAUUCUGUUCAUUGCACUCUGAAAUGUUUUUAUCAAAGUUUUCGAACAGAACAUACUUGAAAUACUAGACAGGCUUCUGUGAUCAAAUGUUGGGAUAUCUAUAAUGAAUUUAUAAAGCGAUGAAUUUGCUGAAAUUAUAUAAAACAGUGUUCGUGUAGUGUUCAAGCAAAGUUAUCACCUUACGUUUUAUAAUAUUAUUAACCCUUUUUUUGCAUUAAUGUUUGAUAUUUUUAACAAGUUUGUAUUUAUAUUUUAUUUUACUGAAAAAUAGGAUAGUGAUGUUUCUUUCACCAAUGUUGCUUAAUAAAAAAUACUAAACCA